UUGUCUCCUUGAAAUUUCAGGAAGAUGUUCGUUGGUGGCCUCAGUUGGGAUACAAGCAAAAAAGACUUGAAAGAUUACUUCACCAAAUUUGGUGAGGUAACCGACUGUACGAUAAAGAUGGACCCUAACACAGGAAGAUCCAGAGGCUUUGGAUUUAUUCUCUUCAAAGAACCUGGGAGUGUUGAAAAGGUUCUGGAACAGAAAGAACACAGGCUAGAUGGACGACUAAUUGACCCCAAGAAGGCCAUGGCGAUGAAGAAGGAUCCAGUGAAGAAAAUAUUUGUUGGUGGACUAAACCCAGAAGCCACAGAAGAGAAAAUCAGGGAAUACUUCGGAGAGUUUGGAGAGAUCGAAGCAAUUGAACUUCCGAUGGAUCCGAAGACCAACAAAAGGAGGGGGUUUGUGUUCAUCACUUUCAAGGAAGAGGAUCCGGUGAAGAAGGUUUUGGAGAAGAAAUUCCAUAACGUCAGUGGAAGCAAGUGCGAGAUUAAGGUAGCACAGCCAAAAGAAGUAUACCAGCAGCAACAGUUCAGUAGUGGUGGAGGAAGAGGUAGCUAUGGCGGAAGAGGCAGAGGCGGAAGAGGCGGCGCUCAAAGUCAAAAUUGGAAUCAAGGUUAUGGCAAUUACUGGAACCAGGGUUAUGGGAAUCAAGGAUACGGCUAUCAGCAAGGUUAUGGUGGCUAUGGAGGCUAUGAUUAUUCAGGAUAUGGGUAUUAUGGAUAUGGACCAGGCUAUGAUUACAGUCAAGGCAGUGCAAAUUAUGGGAAGACACCAAGACGUGGUGGUCAUCAGAAUAACUACAAGCCAUAUUGAUCAAACUUAUUCAGGCCUGGCAGUGGUCACAGUUGAUGCCUACAAGCACUGGAUAUUCCACAAGUUGAAGACGGAAUACUGACUUGUUUACCUGAAGAUAAUAGGACUUCGGGGUAUUUCCUCAGAGAAAAUAUAAAUUUUAAUAUAAUUUCAUAAGCUUUGGAGGUUAGCUUGUCUUGUAGCUUCAGUGAUAUCAAACUUCUUCAAGUAGGAGCUAGAUAGAAAGCUGUUUAGUUUUUGCCAGCGUAUGUAAAACAAGACUUUUCUAUCUGCAUUGUAGAUUGUUUGUGGACACUUCCAGAUUCUUGUGCUUUCUGCAGUCAUUCUGGGGACUGAGCUCUCAUUGAUAACGUAGAGGCUCCCUGAACAGGACACGUGCAGGAUUUUGAGUGUAGAAGCCCACAGCGUGGUUUGGAGUAGUGAGUUGCUUUUAGUUUGGAGAUGACUGGGGGAGAUGGGAAGAGCAACUGUACAUUAAGGGAACAAUUACAGAUCUUCUUCCCGGUGACAUCAAUGAGAGAUUUGCCUUCAACCUUCCACAGAAGAAGAUUUUUAGCUUUAAUUUGGGACAGUAAAGGGGUUUUUCAAAAGCGCUAAAAGCCAGUGGGAGCUUCUUCAACUGCUCCGUAUGCCUUUAAAGACCCCUACACCAAAAGUGAUAGCUAACAACAUGAAAUGGAAGUAAAUAAAAUGCAUUUUCGUUGCUGUUUUGACUUACAUAAUUCUUGUUUCUUGAUUUAUUAGUUGAAUUUACAGUGAUGUAAUCUAUAUGGUGGCCAAGAGAACGGUCAGUAACUGGUGAAGGUGCAAGUAUAGCCGCAAAGCAAGCAACGCGUAGGUGUCGCUCCCGAGCGGCUAACAGGGCCGGUAACUAACGUUGGCUGCGGACGGCCAUUACAAGGCUUUCCGGGCCCACAGCCCCCGAGCUGGGUGGCCGUUCCAGCGUUUACCAGCAGACGACAAACGCUCCCCAGCCCACGCUGAGCGCAAGGGCAGUGGGAGCUUGCAGACAUCGGCCAAGCGUCACCCUGCCUGCGGGGCGCGCCGAGCACGCCGCCGCCGUUCCUCAGGAUAUCGGAGCAGGAGCUCCCUUAGCGCUAGGGCAGCUCCAGCAGGGCGAUGGCCCCCGCCGGCCGCGACCCUCGCUCGAGUCCUCUCCGGCAGGGCAGUAGCUGCCCUAAGAAAUGCAGCGGAGCAAGGAUCUAACGCAGAGCUCGGAUCUACUCAGUACACCAGAAAUUACUCCCUCCCGUGUUCUCUAAGAUCAAAGCCACCAAGAGCCCUUAGGUCAUCUGGUUUGAUGUCGUGGUCAGGCUCUUAAUUUCACCUAAGACUCCUACACAGAGCCUAGCAACUUGCAUUGGGCUAAAGUAUUUCCUCCAGAAAUGAUCUGUUCAAUCAAAAAGGCAUUAAAGUGAUGGGGAUUACAUCACUGGUCUGGUUAGGAUUAACCAGUCGCACCAUUAAAAAUCCAUGGCUUGCUUUAUUUGAUUUUGUGUAGCUGCAGCUCCCACCCGUUGGAUGAUAUUUGUACAUCUUUUUCUGUUCAAUUUAAGAACUUGUUAAUACAGAGCAUCUCCUCCCUGUAAAGGAAUCUGAUUGCCUCUUGAUCUUCAUUGUACGCUGAACAGACUUGGCUGUAAGCCAUUUUUUCCUCCCUGAAAUAAUUGUUUUAUGGCUUUUUACUGCAAAAUCUCUCUUUUUCUGUCAACGUCUUGAAAAAUGUGAACAGUGGAAUAGUUUGCAAAUUUUUAAUUGAUCUCAAUGCCAUAUGCAGAUACCAAAAUCAUAAUCCUCCUGUCAUUACCCUGCUCUGCAUGGGAUGUGCCUGAGAUGAGAUAAUUUAAAGAAAGAGACCCAAAAAGGGGAGAGAAGAGGACAAGGGCAGCAUGCAGAGUUACGGAGUUUACAAUUAAAACCGUGUAAACCGUGAAAAAUCGAAUGCAACCGGACCCUACAAACCAAGACAAUGAAAUACUCCAACCUCCCGCGUUUUGGGCGCCCCAGCAGCCACACUGUGCGCUCUGUUGUUUAGGAAAAGGCUUCAGCAGAGCCCUCCCUGGCCUGCAGCCCCCGCGCCGAAAGCAUCGCUAGGGGCUGCGUCCUGAAAUUCCGCAGCGGAGGUUUCUUGGGGAGCUUGGGUUCCGCAGUAACAAAGCGCUUGCACAUCAUCAGCCACAGGCCCCAGGACAGGACCCGGGGGUGCUUCCUCUGGAGAAAACAAAGCUUUUCUUGAUACUGGUGGGAAUAACCGCAGGUUUAGCCCAAGAAUUGCCAUGGCCAUCAAACCAUCAAACUGGAGCUUGGCUUUCUUUGCUCUGCAGGUUGCGAGUCCUCCCCUCGGCCGGCCGGGCGGUACACGGCAGCUUCUUCCGUUUCUAGGGCUGCAUCCUUUUUUUCUUCUUUUCACC